UGCAUUUGCCCGUGAGACGCAGAAACAUGGCGCUGGGAAGUUCUCUGUAUCGGGCGCUCUUCCGAAGAACUUCUACCUUCACGCUGACCAUAGUGAUCGGCGCGGUGUUGUUCGAGCGGGCGUUUGACCAGGGGGCGGAUGCUGUGUAUGAUCACCUCAACAGAGGGAAAUUAUGGGAGCACAUCAAACACAAGUACGAGCAGUCAGAAGAAUAGACUGACCAGACUGAUGCGUAAAGAUAAAGCCUGUGAAUGGACUGGCCUGUCAUCAGGGAGAAGAACAGAAUCCCCUACAAGAACCUUCCCCUGAAACUCUGCAGAAUGUAUUUAUUGUGAUUUCGCUCUGCGUCUGUUUAAUACAAUAAAUGUAAUAAAACUUUCAGCUGUGAUGGACUGAAGUGAUAUUUGCGGAGUGUACUUUGCUGUGUGAAUAUGUUGCUGCUGUUAGCUCUGCCAUUUAUAAAGCCCUUCUCCUUACCUCUGUCACAUGACUAGAAUGGGAUAACAAAAUAUUGCCCAUGUGGCAUUUCCAGAUGUAGUUAAAUUGUGUGUGUGUCAAUAUAACAGGAGAACUUGUUUUUUCAGAACAUUGUGGAUGUUCCCAGAUAAUGGCCAGGCAAUUGUCCCUGGUCUGUAUUGUGUAACUGAUAAGUAAGUAACCCAGCACCAGUACAUGGAAAUGGGAAAACAUGUAUAGGGUAAGGCUAAGGGCACAUUUUGAGUACAACAACACAAGAAAUUAUCAUCUGAACUGCAGAGAGAUUCUUUCUCUGCAGAAAUGAUUCUCUGCAGCAAUGAGGGGUGGUAAUGUCUCUUCACUCACCCACAGAAAGGGGUCACAGACAGAAUGACAGACAGAACUCUGCAAUAGCAGCCAAGUCUCCUGUCUCUCAGCUCAUUCCAUAUGGUUUUCAAAUAUUGUUGAGCAGCUCCCUCCAUAUUAGACAAUUUUUUAUAUGUAAGCUGUGCCAACCUUUAAGGAGGUUCUCCAAGCUCCACUCAUUUUGUAUUUAGACUAGUUCUUUUGUACCCUGGGAUCUACGAAAAGGGAAUUUCUAGGUACCAGCAAAUCUAAUAUAACUAUUGAAUAAUAUCCUAUAAACCACAGAACAAAGCUUUGUAAUCAUGGAAGGAGUAAAUUCAUUUGGGUAGAAUCAUACACAAAUAUCACUGAACAGUGAUUCCACAGAAUAGGGUAAAUCAUGUACCAAAUAAUUUCUUCCCAUUAUCAGACAUAUCUGUCGUUGGCUGCUGGUCUGAUGUUGCAUGGUUUGCCCAGUGGAAACUUGUGUGUUUCUUGUAUUUCCAUGGUUUCCUUGUUAAAAAGUCAAUAAAAACAUUUUAAAACUCA